UGGGAGUAUUAAUUCUGCAAGCAAGUGUAGCCAUAUUCGCGAUUCAAAUAUAAAUCGCAAAACAGUUCUGGAAUUCCUGAAAUUAGUAUUGACCACCGGCGAGAUGUAUAUAUUAUCUAUAUACUUUACUUGAUUUGAUACGAUGUACGAUACAUUAAUUUGAUUACUUCUGAUUAUGUCCAAAAAAGUUCAAAGUAUAUGUGAUAAACACAUAAUGCAAAUGGAUAGUAAAAAUUGCAGAUGAAAGGAAAAUUCGAUGACACGUACUGCAAAUACAUGAUUGAAGUUAAAAGAGAAAUAUUGAUUUAAUUGAAAUAUCAAUAUGUUUACAAUGUUAAAAUAACUUUUAACAUUGGAUACAUGCUAAUUAUAUUCAUAAUAAACCAUUAAUUAUGUAAAUUGCUCUCUGUAAGCAUGUAUUGUUUGUUGAGGCCUUGUUUCCAAAAAAGUCUUCAUCUGGCAACAAAAAUCAAGUUGAAGUAUGUUUGCCUUGGUUUCGGUUUUAUUGUAUUACUAGAUUUUUUCGGGGCAUUCACACAUUUAUUUGAAAUUCCUUAUGAUUCAAAGUUUGCUUACCCAUACGAAGGUGAUGUACAUGAAUUCGUGAAUGCAUUAAGAAAUAAUGAAAAGCCCGUUGUUGAUCCUAUAAACGAAUACAAGUUUGCGUAUUUGAUUGACAAUCAACAAAAAUGUGUAGAUGUUGCAUCCAAUACAUUCCGUGUUGUCUAUGUAAUAAAAUCGUCAGUAGAAAAUUUUGAGAGGAGAUCAACUAUCAGGAAGACCUGGGGUUUUGAAAACAGAUUUUUUGAUGUUCCUUCAAAGACAAUUUUUAUAUUGGGCAACCAUCCGCAUGAUGAUGAACUUCAAGCGAAAGUGAAAAUUGAGGCUGCGAAGUAUAAAGACAUAGUGCAAGCAGAUUUUAUGGAUUCAUAUUACAAUAAUACUACAAAAACUAUGAUGGGCUUUAAAUGGCUAGUAAAGUAUUGUACUAAUUCAAAAUUUUAUAUGUUCGUCGACGAUGAUAUGUAUGUGUCUGUGAAAAAUGUUUUACGGUUUAUAAGAAAUCCAGCUAACUAUCCCGAUUAUUUGAAAGAACCGAAAAAAUUCGAUGCUCAUAAAAGAGAAAUUAAAGAAACUGAUGAAAGGGAAGAUUCUGAUAAUGAUACGUCUGUAUAUACUAUUCAUGGGAAGUUAGCAAAAAGAAUUUAUCCAUUGAAGCAAGAUUUAUACGAAAAUACAACUGCCUCGGUUAAUGAUACUAAACAGUACAGUAAUUUAAAAUUAAGACCUUUUCAAGGAGAGAUAUUAAAAGACUCAGAGAUAGUAAAUAGAACCAAAAGACAAAUUUUUGAUUUUGAACUUCCUGAAGAUGUUAGAUUAUUUGCUGGAUUUGUAUUUGUAUCAUCACCUCAUCGUCACAAAUCCUCCAAAUGGUAUAUAUCUCUCAGCGAGUAUCCAUACCAUUUAUGGCCGCCCUAUGUUACAGCUGGUGCAUAUAUACUGUCCAAAGAAGCUCUUUUAGAUAUGUAUUAUACUAGUUUGUAUACUAAGCAUUUCAAAUUCGAUGAUAUCUUUUUAGGCCUAGUUGCCAAAAAAGCAGAAAUUGAACCUUUUCAUUGCGAAGAAUUUCAUUUUUAUAAGAAAGACUAUACGAAAUUUAAUUACAAGUAUGUAAUAACAUCUCAUGGAUAUGGUGAUCCAAAUGAGUUAUUGACUGUAUGGAAUGAACAAAAGGCUCUGGGCAAUGCCUAAAUUAAUAAUUUUGUCCAACACAUUUUUACACUGAUGUGCUCUUGAAAAUAAUUCAAAGUCGCACUAUGUAAUGAGGAUUAAUUAUGCGUUACUGUAAAAAGCAUUCACAUAUAAUACAAUUUAUUAUAAAAUACAUUAGAAACAGUUUUGAAAAUACGUAUAAAUAUAGUAGUCAGUCUUUAUGUACAUAAUAAGUUACUAGAACAUAGUGCAUUGUGAUGCUCCACUGUAAAUAUAUAAAUUUUUAUGAAUGUCUAAAUAGACGAUUACAGUCAAUGCUAAUAGAAACUGGAAUGAAUUAUUGAAAUGUAAUUCAUAUUGUGAAAACUAUUAUAUCACUAGAGCAUUACUAUGUGAAAAAGCUAAUAGUUAAAUUGUUCUUAUAUAAGAAAUGAUAUGAAAUCAGAGAAAGAGUAAAAUAUGAUUUAAAUGAAAUAGAAAUCGUAAGUACUAGAUAUGA